AUGCCUGCACCCCGUGCUCCCAGUGCAUUUGUAUGCCUCCGCUGUGAAGCGCAAAUCGCCCGCCGACGACUCCCUGCCGUGCCCUACCGCAUCCCACGCGCCACCUUUUCUGCCUCUGCCCGCCUGCAUGACGAUGGCGCAGAAACAAACGACGUUCUUUCCGAGUUGGACGGUCCGAAGCUCAAGAUUACUAAAGUAGUCGAGCCACUCAACCGGGUCCGGAGGAGAAAGGGCAAGAUUAUCAAAGAGACCACAGCAAGCCUGGGAGGAAUCAAGCAGCUGGGCGACCAUGCCGAUAUCCUGGUGCUUAGAGAACUUGGAGACGUACUAGCGGAGAAAGGCGAUGAAGAGCCCGAAACCAUUGAGCCUUCUGAUCCUGUCCAGGUUCCCGACAUCUUUGCCUCGCUGCAACAAGAGGGCAAGGCAGCCACGCCCGAGGAAAUUUAUCAACAAAUUGGCAGUCUACGUCCAACGCAACACGGCGAUCCCAACGAGCCACACUAUGUCAAGCAGGCUACGUUUCUCAAGUUGAAAAAUCUCCUCAUGAACGGCUUCACCCAACAACAGUUGAUGACCUUCUACUCGGUUGCAAAGAACAUUAAGCGGGGGCAGGUCAACCAAGGUGUCAUCGAUAGCCUGAAGCGAGACGAGGAUGAUCCCAAGCGCCCGGUAGAGCGCUCUGAGUGGCAACCAGGCACUACAAGCAUCACACAACGUUUGCCUGGAGUCGACCGCCAUGUCAAAAUCAUGGGAUGGCGAAAGAACGUCAGCAAGCAGCUGCUCGUAGACCGCAUCCUCCGCGACCAGUGGAACCUCGUGCUUCUUGAAGAAAUCGAGACGCCUGGCGAGCUCGAACUGUUUCUGAAGCCGUGGCAGAUGACACUGCUUACUGUUGGAGAACACAAUUUACUUGAUGAAAUCGCACUGAUCAGAAAGGUCAAACUUCAAAUCUACAAACACCAUGACAUUCUUCGCAUCACCGCCGACAAAAGUACAGCAGAGUACGCUGCUAAUGAUGUGGAAGAAGCUUUGCAACGUACAGAGGUCAAACGGAUGAACCUCAAAAAUUACAUGCGUCUGCUGGAGCCCGAUAUGAUACCACGUGACCAACAACUAGAUCUAACCACGCUCUUUUCACAAAAAGAUCGGGAUGUCAUCUCAGCACUCACCAAGACAAGCAUAGCGGGUACUACAAGGAACUUGGCAAGCCGCCCCUUGACAUUGUUUACAAUCAGAGGAUUCGACAAUGCAUCUGUCGAAGAAGCAAAGCGAUCUUUGAUCAACCUUCUGCCUUUUAGGGACAGCAUCACUCGAACUUCGGAUAUGCUGAACCUGGGCUCUGCAGCAACUUCAAUUUACCCAGUACCUGUGUAUGUGGAUGAAAGCCUGUUGAGCUACAAAACUCGUAAUACUCCGCUUGGACGCUUAUCAGUGCCUCUCCCACGAAUCUCUGGGCCCGAAUCUGUAGAAGAUAAAGAAGAGUCAGUCGAGGUCCCCAAGUCAUCCAAAGCAACGGUUCAAGGUCUAGUAGAUAGGACUGCAGCCACUAUACUUCGGUCUGCUUCCAAAGAAUUUCCUCACUUGGAAGAGCUAGGCAGCUGGGUUGCUGAACCGUUACGAAAGCUCUAUGUCAAAUUUGGUCAAUCCUUGGUGCCUCUGGAACAUGCCAAUCCCGCGAAGGCAGUGGCCAAUACACCCGAGCGAUUUUCUCAAACCCAUUUUGUGUCUACUUUCCCCGGGCUUUCUUCUCUUUUUACAUCGCCAGAUAUCUCCGUCACUACACGCCUGCAGGUUCCGACACUAUACUACCACUUCCGACCCGACCCUGAGCAGGUCGGCUUUGAUUCCAACCAAUUGUUUCCCACACUUCAAAUUAAGAUGGGUACAGAUCGCCACGGUGCUAAAGCAUAUUUCCGCAGAGUAAGCAUGAGGUUUUGGCAGCAUAUGCAUACCGUGUCACUUCCCAACAAAGCGGCCGACCUUCAGUUCUAUCAGUACGGGAGUUUGAGAAUGACCAAAGAUCACAAUGAUGCCAACUUGGAUAAAUGGAUUACUGCCGCCGCAAAAAGCAUUUCGAGUGGCGGACGCAUUACCGCACCGCCGCUUAGCAUAGAUGUUCCCAGGUGGACCAUCCCUGGCUGCUCGAGUGAUGAAAAGGGCAUGGCUCAGAUUAAAUACCACUUUUCUGGCGUGGAGUUCCGACAGGCUGUCUCGGGCAGCCUGUUGGGUCAAAAGAUCGCCUUCAGCGCCAAUCAAUCGAGCAAACUAAACGCAAAGGGUGGCGAACUGAUGGCGUAUUACGACGAUCACAGUGACAUACAGUUACGUGAUGAGACAACUGUCAAGGCGUUUGUCAAAAGAUGCUAUGAUAUUGCCGAUUUGAUAACAAAUGCGAGCGCGCAGACGUCGCCCGUGUCUAGACAGGUGCGCCCAAGGUAUCCUGAGAGUGCACGAAAAAUGAGGAGAUCGGGGAUCUUGGGCGAAGCGUCCAAUGCAGUGGACGAUAUAGGUGAGGAGAUGAUAAAGAAGGACUUGCAAGAACGCAUUGCGGAGUAUCCUAGUGCACCGGAGGACACCGUGAUAGGGGAGACGAGCCAAGCAAAAGAUGAGGUCUCAGCGGACAAUGCUGCUGCAGUAGAAGUGCAACAGGGAGGAGAUAACACGAUGAUAACUCCACUGUCGGACAUACCAGAGGUGCCAGAGCCAGAAGUGCCAGAGGGACGUCCUCUAGACUCCUCAUCCAAGGACAUAUAG